AUGGUCGUCAUCGGCUCGAACACCGCUCUCACCGCCCUCACGGCCACGCUGGCCGUCCUCUCCGCCGCGCAGGCCCGCCCGGCAACUGUGGAGCAGAAAUCAGGUCAACAGACGGAGCAGCCGCUGAAGCGCAUGGCCAAGGUGCUCGUCCGCAGCACCAACUCGCCUCCGCUUCCCAAAGCUGCUUCGGCCGUCAACGUCGCUGGCGCGCGUCGUAGCAUGCCCAAGCUUGCGCGUCGCGCCGAAGCCAGCGUUCGAAACAAGCGUGGUCACGGUCAUGACCACGGUCACACCCACGAGCACAUUCAUGUACACGAUCAUGAUCAUGAUCAUCGCCACGGCCAUGCUCAUAAACAUGUCCACGUGCACGACCACGGUCACAAGGGGCGCAAGUACACAAAGGAGGAGAUUGCCCACCACAGCAAACACUGGGCCAAGCACCACGGCCUGGCCAAGCGCGAGCCCGAGCCACACUCCCGCAAGGCUGAAUACAUCUACCAGCCCAGCAGCGGGAGGAUCAUUUCUGCCAACCGUCCUCUCAUCAAGUUCAAUGCUCGCGACGGCGUCAUUGCUCCAGCCGCCGAGGAGGACCAGGUGGCUGGGCCUGCUGAAGAUGAGACCAAUAUGGCUUUCAACGAGAAGAGGCACUCGUAUGCCAACAUACUUGCCGGCAAAGUUUACGGGAAGAAUUCAUACCGCCCAGAUUCGCUCCUCAAUGUCAACAUCAAGCGGGAUGAUGACACUGAGGCCAUGGGCGAUGCUCCUGAGAAGCGGAGCCCUCACUCCAAUCUGCGCGCUGGCGAACCUUACGGGUACUGGAAGCCCGACCCGGCGGCCCUCCUGGACGUCCACUUCAAGCGCGAGCCGCACUCUGGUCACUGGUAUGAUCACCACCGCGACCACGGCCAUGGCCACGAGCAUGACCACGACCAUGAGCACAUUCACGAGCACAUCCAUGAGCACAAGCGCGAGGCGCCGGCCAUGGACCAGCAGAGCAUCGAUGUAGAGGAGUUUGCGAAGCGCGAGCCGCACUCUGGUCACUGGUACGAUCACCACCGCGGCCACGGUCACAACCACGGCCAUGGCCACGACCAUAGCCACGGCCAUGACCAUGACCAUGAGCACAUUCACGAGCACAUUCACGAGCACAAACGUGAUGCUACGGUUGAGGAUCUUGCUGCGCGUGCUUCUCACUCUGACCACCGGUACGACCACCAUGACUACCAUGGUCACGGCCACGACCACGAUCACGACCACGACCACGCUCACAUCCACGAGCACGCGCACGAGCACAAAAAACGUGGUCUUCUCACGGGUGCGAUUAAGCCCCUUCUUGCUCCGCUCAACGCCAUCCCCGGGUUUGUCACGAUCAGCGACUUGCUGCUCGGUACUGAUACGACCGAUGGCCUCGUCAAGAAGGUUGCCUCGCUGGUCCUCCACGCCGAGCCGGCACCUGCCAGCGCUCCAGCAGGCAGCGCUCCCUUCCGCUACAGCCUGAUGGCUUCCAAGUCGGAACGCACGCAGAUCUGGCUCGUCCCCACGGACGAUUCGUCCACCGUCACGGCGCAGACUCUGAUGGCGUCUAGCGCAACUGCAUCUGCAGCGCCCCCGUUCAACCCAUCGGCUGCCUCUUCCGGGAGCGGUGACGGCUCGAUGAUAGUCAAGGUCGUUGUUCCUUUACUCAACACAUCCUCAUCCCAACCGAUGACAUGGUGCGCCACAUUCAACACCACACCUCCGAGCCCGUUGCAGCUGCAGCCUUGCGCCAACGCCACGACGAUCCUGCAGGACACGCCCACCUCGCAGCGCUUCUCUUACACGCCAUCUUCCGGCGCACUUGCUCCGCUGUACGCCAAGGAAUGGGCAGGUAACAUUUCCAGUGUCGCGGACGGUAGUACGGACGGAUCUGCCACUCCGCCCAACACUACGCCGCUCCCCACCGCCUCGCCUGCCCCUGCCCCUCCCGCUUCGCGCCGUCAAGCCCCAGAGCCCGCCGCUGACGAUGUGGACAGCAGCAGCUCCGGCUCGGAUACCAGCACUCAGGGCGACGACUCCGUUACUGGAACCGCUUCCACGCCGGGAACCACGGCUCCGCUCUCCGCAAAGGCCAACACCAACACAGUCACGCUGAAGUUCACCCCUGCCGGCAUCGAUUCACAGGGUUUCCAGCUGUCCAAUGCGAGCUCUGGCCCUUCUGCGCCUGCUCCACCUGCAGCAGCUGCCCCGGUGUCCGCCGCCAUCGCGCCUCUCAGCAGCAGCCUGCCUCUACCUGCGGCGCCUUCCGCUCCGGUCCCAGCCUCGGCUGUUCCCUCGAGCUUGGCAUCGUCUAGCCUCAGCGCUCUCCCAGCCGCCUCGCCCACGGCUCCGACCAGCGCUUGA